AACAAGAAUCAUGAGCUUACAGCAUUCAGAGUGUCCAAUUAUUGUAGACCAUUGAAAGUCUUGAUUUUGUUUCCCAGGAUGGUGUGAGAGAUACCUUAGUCCUUGAUGCGUUGUGGAUACGUUUGAUCUUAAUUUUGAUUAGGAAGAGACGACUUUAUUCCAAGAUGGCUCUCGCGGCUACGACUAACCGCGGGCUUCUGUUGGCCGCCCGGCCAGGGCGCGCAUCACCUCUUGCGGCACGAAGUUUUGCUUCUUCAGCGACUCCCAGUAGUAGCAGCAAUAGCAUUCCAAAGUCAAUAGCGUCAAGGAGGGGCACGACGAGGACUGUUGCCAGUUCUUUGCCGCACGGUGGUACUUUGUCCUGCAGUUCUUCUUCUCCAUCUAGCACUUUUUUUGUCCCAGGCGAUAUGAAGAUGCGGAAAUCUUCACCAGGUUUCACUGCAGGAAUGAGGAGCUUCUACUUCACAUCAAGCAGGUCGUGUGGUACAACUCUUAGCAGAGGUACUAGCACGAGCAGCACCGUGGGCACCCCCCUUGAUCCAAAAAAGCCCACACGACCACCUCCUUCCCGAAACUUCUCCUCCCGAAGCUUCUCCUCUUCUUCCCCUCCUUCGGGUCCUACUUCCACCGGGCGCCGCGACGUUGCUGGCGCAGAUAGCGCGAUGUCUAUGGCAGACUUCCACGAAUUAGGCGAUGCAGCGUUGGAGAAAUGCAUAGAUCUGCUGGAGAAAGAGUUCCCGGACCUAGAGGACUUCGAUAUCGCGGAUGGUGUCUUGAAAAUAUCUUUGCCGAAGGGUCAACCGGACAUCGUUGUAAACAAACAUCAAGCGACGAAACAGAUAUGGUACGAGAUUUGUACAUUUGUACUCUAGAACAAAUACAUUCGGACGAUACAGAUCAUUUGGAAUUUCCUCAUCUUGUGCAGCUAUAGUUAUGAGAAGAAUUAUGUCAGGAUGUCAGGGUCUGGGUUUUGCGAAUGACGCGACUUUGAUUGUGAGCUUUCUACUCACGAAGGACGAUAACAUGAUACAGUCUACCAAUGAUCAGCUUUUCAACAGAUACUCACUGUCAUCAAAGGUAAUCCAGAGGACAAAAGGAACAAAAACUUGCUAAUUACAGAACUUCUCUCAUACCCCAUGAAUGGGUCCACGACUUCUAAUACUACUACCACUGCUUACGUUAUCCACCUUUCAGGUACUCUUCCCCUUGCGGAGCACAGUACUUCGAUGCACCCUACGCCACGCUUGCUGCUGCACUGAGAAAAGAUCUUGAAUCUUUGACAUGAUGAUGCUGUACUUCCUCCAGAAAAAUUGACUGCUUUUGAGUUUGUGAAACCCACUGCGUCAGUCCAUGAGGAUUGCUAUUGUAUUUGUAGUUAUCGAAUGAUGCUGGAAGAUGCGUCUCAGUAGAUUCAAGGCGUUUUGCCUGUGUUCGAGCAGGGGAAUUAGCCAGGUGGCAACCUGAUUUGAAACACAUGACCAAAAGGAACUACGUGGUCUUGUAUGCUGACGCAAAAUACCGAGAGAAACCGAACUUUAUCAUGAUAUUGAAGCGAG